UUCGAUCUGUCAAAAUCACUCCCGAAAACCGAGUGCGAAGUGCAUUUACGUAGUACUCCCAUUGGUCGGCUCAGCUGAUUAAAAACAUCGUGAAAAAGCAAAUAUUUGCCUCCGCUUAUCGCGAGACCAAAAACAAGCAACGAUGCGGCGCUUAUCUCGUGCGCGCUGUUAAAGAAAUCUCACCGCUCGGAAUCUCUGUUGAAUCUCAUCCACGAGCUUUGUCCGCGGCCACAAGUUUUAGGUGCUAAGUGACUCCAAUUAGGAAGAGGAUUGAGACAAGCGAGGAUGGCCUCCACAAUGCAACUGGAAUUCUCGCAGGCCAUGUCCGACUUCAAAGUGAUGUUCCCGGAGAUGGACAGGGACGUGAUCGAGGCGGUGCUCAGGGCGAAUCACGGGGCCGUGGACGCGACGAUUGAUCAGCUGCUGGCUAUGAGUAUUGAUAAUCAGAACGAGAGUUUGCGCAAUGAAAUGGAGAAGACAACACCAACUCGGAAACCGGCCGAGGAAUCGUCACGGCAAGAUCCCGCGGAUUUCGUCAUACCAAGUCUGGCUCGGCGCAAACCAUCCAACCCGCAGCGGUCUCUGCUCGACGAGGACAACGUGCAAGAAAAAGAGCCUGACGGAGCCGCAGCUCCUGACUCAACACGACGUUGGAAUCCUCCAAUGCUCCUUCCGUUGCCGACAGAGUUCCUUCGUAUGACUUACGAUGAAGCGAUUCGAGUUGAUUUCGAUCUUCCAGACGAGCAUUUCGCCAAAAUGCUGCAAAACAAGGAGUUCAUGAAGCAGCUGCGUUGGAACCAGGAGUUUAUGAACGCGCUGGGGACAGAGCAAGAAAUCAAGGGUCGCCACGAGGACGACGCUGCAUUCAAGGAGCGGCUCAAACACAUGGGCCAGGUAUCUCGCCGGAAAUUUCUGCAACUGGCGCGGGUGUUCGCCUGGCAGAAAAACAAGAAACCUAGCAUUCUGCGAUCUCACUCGGAAGCGCAACCACUCAAAGAGGAGCCCAGCGACGAAGAGGGAGAAGUCGAGACUCGGAAGUAAAUGGACUGUAAAACGUGCAAUGAUAUUUUUAGAAUUUAGGGAGUUUUAAGAAAAAGCAUUUUAUCUGUUGCGAUGUUCAAACAUUUCCUUUGGAACUUAUUCUCAUUUUACCCUCAGAAAGCCAUUCUUAGUUGUAACACGAUUGGAGUGCCAACGGGCAUCGGUUUUGACUUUGUCCUCAAACACAUGUGCGAUAUCCUAAAGUAUAAAAUGUAAACUAAGCGAAAAGGCUGGCUAAUUGUAAGAAACGAAAACGGUUUUAUAUGUCGCCCUCAUAUUUUUUAUUACGGAAUCUUGCAAGCAUGUUUUUAUACAAACUGCCGCGUGCUGCAUGCGGCAUUGUUAGUGAUAUUUUCUCAAUUGUUUUAAGUAUUUUUUUGAUGUGCAAUGAAAUUUGUUUUCGGCGGACUUGCCCACUCGAGGGCGGGGUCGCAGCAUAACAAAAUACCCCAAGUUAUCCAUAUCUAGUUAAUAUGAGAGUAAUUAGGCUAAGGAUUAUCUAAAUCAAGUGCGGGAAGCGACACGAAAUGUUUGGGUUGCGGUGCUUCCCCUCCACAUCAAAACCUCUUUUAGAAAAAGUCGGGUGAGGCAAAAUAUACGAUGGGCGGAAAGUUACGACUACAGAACUGAAUCUCAUUCAUAAUUAGCAUAGAAUUUACGUAAUAUUUGAAAUGUCAGAGGAGGCAGAGGAGAUGUUAACAAAUUCAGCUUUAAUUUUUACGUUUACGUUGUUGCAAUAUUGAUUGACGCGUGGCUGGCAAGCGACCGGACCGCAGAUGUUCUCGGUUCUCGGUUGGUGUGCAACCGCAAUAGCUCACUCAGCAUUUUAGUUCUCGCAUUUAAACCAGUAACUAUGAUAUUGUUGUUGAAAUGUUUGUUUAACCUUGCAUUUAAGUGUAAAUUAUUUUCGACUGCGAAAUGUAGACUCUACUGUAUUUAGCGACCGCAAUACUACCUUCUGCUAAAGUAAUCUCAAUUUGUUUUCGAAGUAACACUAAGGAAAAUCAUUAAAAAAUAUUUGAAAGUAUAACAAUAAAAA